AUGCUAAGUUAUCCAGAUAGACGAAAAUUCCAACAGAUCCGAGCUCGUUGGGAGGAGACGGCCCAUACAGGCGGAGAGGCCAAGUCGUCAGUCAUGGUGGGCAGGAAGGAAAGGCAGACAUCUCACCAGCUCGAGGAAAACGAGCCGUAUCUCAAUGGCGGCAGCAAAUUUCGCAGGAAGCUCAGUCAUGGCCUUGCUUUUAUUUCUCAUCCACUCUCGCAGCGCAAGAUCACGCCAAGCCGUCACCCUUUGAGCGUGCCUUCACUGGCCGCGAUUCGGUCCCACGUAAACGACGGUACCGCAGCAACCCGUGAGUGCGACGGUCCUUUUUCACCGAUGCGCAACUCUAUGCCAUUCGAGCACUCGAAUGACGCGCCAACGAGCCGUACGGUCUCUACAAACUACGGGGAUUUGACCAAGAAGGUGGAUCCUGACGCGACACCCAAAGCCAUACCGCGAUCGCGAACAACCAGCUUCAUACCACGACCAGUCAGAACUGGGUCUGAGCUAUCCACGCACAUUGAAGGACCCGUCAAGCCUUAUUCGACUACAAUCGUGACCGACGCAAUUGUUCACACUCUGCCCUGCAAAAUUCCCACUCCGAGUCCGCCACUGUCCACACGCCGUAUCUCCAGCCCACGCCAAUACCUUCCUCAUAACGCAUUACAAGAGCUCAAGUAUAACACAGGUGCCUCGUUUGUGGGCAAAUAUGACGUCUCCCCUUCAAGGGUCUCCGUACGGUCGCGCACGACGCCAAACUUGGUGAAGGCAGCUGGAUUCUCGCAAUCAACGAGUUCCAUGGCGCCGAGAAAUUUGGGUCUUAAGAGGCCUGUGGCGUCCCCGACGGCUCAGAAGCCAGUAUUGCAGGAAAACGUACCGACGCACAAGCGGGUUGCGCAACGUCGAUCGCAGAUACAGGACAGAACACUGAAACGAGAGAGUCUGGCUGUAGCUGGUACCAUAGCGAACAGGAGAUCUUUUGGACCAGGUCCAUCGCUUUCGAUUGUGCAGAACACACGAUUGAACUGCGCUACCCCACCGACUGCAGGAAAACGAAUGAGCUCAUACCACACUCCGCCGACGCCGUUAACCGUCAAGCGAAUACAGCUGAACUUGCAAGAAAAUCUGCCAGAGCCAGAUCGAUCUGACAGUCUAAAUGGUAGCUCAAUCAUACAACCCCGAUAUAUGAGUUCCAAGAAUGCCACAACUCCAUCGGCAGUAGGUACCCCAACUGUAACGUCAACACUGCCUAGGUUUAGUAUGGGGAACAAUCCCCGGAGAAAGACCACGGGGACUCCAAACGGGCUGGGUGGGAUUUGGCAGCCAUCAUGCGCUCUUGCGGACAAUGAGGUGAGAAGUCUCCCACGUUCUUCCACUUUUCAUAAUUUUGGAAAGAGCUGGAGAGCUCCCCCGCCUGUGCCUUACAUUCCGGACCGAUACAGGACGCCAUCUCUACCCAACCUUACUCCGCACUCAGAAGACACCGAAGCCCUUACUCGCAAGGCUCGCAUUAUUAGACUCUUUUCGUUUACCAGUUCAACUCAUUCUAUCCCAGAGGAGAUAACUGAAAAGGAGCCUCCUGGAGUGCUUCCCAAGACACCUUCUAGAUAUCGUCGUCGUCCGUCGCUUUCAUCGACCGUAUUCGCUCCCCUCACUUCACCUUCUAGGUCCCGUAGUUAUUCGUUAUUUCGAGGGGGAUACACCAGGCCAUCUGAAGAUAGCACUACAAACCCACUCAUGAGUGCUGACGUUAAGUCGAUUCUGCAGGUUCAAGAUUACAUGCCCGCCGGUUACUGGGCAGGUCGUUUCUCGACUCGAUUCGAUCAAUGGUGUGCCGAAGCCACGGCAGUAGAAAUUGACCCGAACUAUCAGUGUCAGCAGUUAGGAUCGCUGGGCCGAUGCAGAUAUCCAGAUCACGAGGAUGAAGCAAAGUGUUACAUAUUCGCACAGUUGCAUGAUAUGUGUAGCACUGUCCAAGCAACAGACAGUCUUUGGGCGUUUGAAUACGCAUACAGGAAAGAUCACCGCCUGUUCAGCCAACCGGUCGACCUUCCCCCUUUGCCAACUCGUAAGCACGACGACAGCUCGAAUAAGGGAGCCUUUGGACGAGCCGUGAGAAAGCUAACACCACGAAAGAGCAGCCUGGUCAACUUGCUGAAGGGAAAGGGGCGGAACAAAGUCGACGACUCUUUUCCGCAUGACGUCUUUGAACAGAAAGUGGAAACACCUUCAUCCAGCCCCUAGACCUGUGUGAAAUCGACACGGGUAAUCGUUGCAGCAGAAUUGUGCUCGAAGUGAGGGACCGGCAAGGAAACAAUCUCAAGACGCGAAAUACGGUGCUACGCAGCAGACGGUCAAACGGAAUCACGAUGCGCCAAUACACGACUGGAUAUACAACAUAACAUGGAAGCUGUGUACGGGGAGUGAGUGAAUGAUGGAGCUGGGAUUUGAGAUUUGUUCAACUAAACCCAAUCGACAUUUCUACGGCGUUGGCCAGCCUUGGUCACGAGUAUUCAUGUCACUCUUUACUGGCGCGAAGACGAUGGACUGGGGAUCUAACGUAUAU